GCUGCAGAUGAAGCGUUGACGAGUGGUUCAGUUGAAGUGGAGGAAUUACCGCCCGGUGAUGAAACGGUCAAAAAAAUUGCCAUUGAUUUUGGCGAUAGUAAACGAUCAUUUGAUUGGGUGAUAAAUGCGCAGAACACAGGCAAUGAUGUGACGGUAACAAUUGAAGCACCGAUGGGUGAGCAAAUCGAACCGCUGGCAAUGAGUGAAGAGCAGUUCAUCAAUGCUGUGCUACGCCUCAGUGGAAUGCAGGAGCAUUGUGGGCAUUUGAAAAAACCGCUGAAACCAAACGAACUCUAUGAAAUCGCAAACUGCACGAAUGUCACUGGUUCCGAAGUAGGCUUUUUUAAAAUCCUUGUCUUGCUGUUUUUUUGA